AUGUCCUCACUUAGAAUGAAAUAUAAUAUUUAUGUAUCUAUUUUCAUAUUGGGUUUAAUUGUAAACUUUGCCACAGCUAUAACUUUGGUUAUCAAUAAUCAAAACUCUCAUAUGUAUGGUAUAGUUGAUACCGAUAUAGCAUCUACAUUUGAAGAGGCAUUGGUUCUUGCUAGCACUAUAGAAUAUCCAGGAUAUAAUGGAUAUUUGCUGGUACUUGAUGAUUUAGAUGAAGUACAAUUCCUUAGUACAUAUCUUGGUGUAGAUAACUUGAAUGUCGGAAACAAGGAUGUUUGGCUUGGAAUUGAACCUUUGGAUGCCAACCAACUGAAUUGGGGUUGGAUCAAUGGAUCAACCAGAGGUCAGUCAGUAUAUACUUCAAUCCCUCAGAGAUGCUACCUCUACUGUGGAGACUUCAAUGGUAAUAGUGACAUCUCUAAACCAUAUCUCUGGUACACUCAAACCGCUAAUGAAUCACUACAGGUUUCUUUCGCCUGGAACGCAGCAGAUGCAACCACAAAGAAAUUUGUUAUUCUCGAAUUCGAACCACAAGGAAGAAUGCCAGUUAUUCAACUCCAAGAAGUAAGAUCACGACAAAUGACAAUCUCCAAUAUACCAGAUAUAGAAGAUCCAAGUUUGGCUAUUCUCUUCACCUCAGAGUCGAGCUAUCAUUGUUCUAUCAUCUCUCAAACCGCAGAGUCAGUGACUUGCGAAUUUGAUAGUGAUCCACAAUACGAUGCACCAAUGAUGUUGAAAAUCCAAUCUGGUUCGCUUCCACAAUCGAGACACUAUUUCCGAUAUAACUCGCCAUGGAUUUCAUCGUACUUCAACAGUUCAAUGGAAUCAUUCAGAUUCUAUGGAUAUAAUUUCCAAACUUUAAACGAUCAGUCCACUUAUCAAAUUUUAACAAUCAAUACCAACUUGGUUACAGUAACCUACAACAAUGUUCCAAAUGGUCCAGGAUUUUUUGAAGCAACACUCUAUAUGCAGGAGCAGGAUGUAGCCUACCCAAUUACACUUGACUAUACCACCUAUCAAGGUUACAGAUACCAUGCUCAAAUCAACCGUCCAGCCGUUAGAUAUCCAGACAAUCAAUUAUACUACUCUUCAUAUCCAGGAACCUAUGAUUUCCAAACAGCCGUCAAACUAUCGUCAAAGGAUAAUAUUUUCUAUAACACUGGUAACCUCUCAUUAGUAGAUAGUUUGAAACAUUCAAGUUUCAUCUCAGCAACAUUCUUCCAAGGUGCCAACUUUAACAUCUGGACACAGCUUACCAAGAUCGGCUCAGAUUACUUUUUCUUUGACGCCCAAUACAUGGGACCAGUUAAAGGAAAUGUUAAUGGUCCUCGUUUCUACUUUAAUUCAACAGACCAGAGCGUAUAUGGUGUCGAUCUUUCAACCAAUCUGCAAUUGCCUUUUGUUUCUGUAUAUGGAUUGAUGAAGGGUUCGAUUGCUAGUGUGACACCCACUCAAGUUUCUAUAGGUGAUACUGUAACAGUAGUUUUUAGUGAUAACUUCUUUUAUCCACAAAGCGAAGUUACUUUUAUCACCCAAACAGAUCCACCCUUUGAAACUUCAAUAGAAUUGAACUUUGCAACCAAAUCGGUCCUAUUCCCAGCUCCUCAAUUAACUUAUCCCUCAUUUGUUGAAAUUUUGGUGAGAAAUCAAGAGCCAAAUGCCCAACAAUCUAGAUUGCUCAAUGUUUCUCUCAGUUACUUUCCACCUGUUGUAAUCUCAGUUAGUGCUACUAAAAAUGUAGUUUCUAUUGUUGGCAAUAAUUUUGGUGAUCCAAUUUCAAUUUCUGGAUUGAAUUGUAUGGCAAUUGAACAAACUAUUCUAGGAACUAUAACAUGUGAAAUGUCUGGAAAACCCGACACCUUCUACGAAUUCAAUAUGACAUGCGGUAGUUUUACUAUUGAAAAACUAAAUGUGACAAGUGGAACUUAUGUAUGGAUUAAUUCGAUUACCCCAGAUAGAAUAUCAGUAGAUAGCCAAGAAGUACUUUUUGAAAUCUAUAACUAUGAUGGAACCAGUACUAUUGAGAUUACAGAGAGUAACUACUGUAGCAAUGUUGUCCUGAUAAACACUACUUUUUACAGUUGUUUACCUCCAGCUUUUAGUGGUGAAUUUACAUUCUAUCCAAGAGUUAUAAUGACUGAUUAUGUCUCUGGUGAAGCUUUCAUCAACUUUGCAGCUUUUGAGGUUGAUGAGUUUGUACAAGACAACUCUGUCGUAACUUUAAAAGGUAGAAAUUUCGAUCUUUACAAAGAUGGAUGGACUUUCUCAGUUGGUGGAUCAGCCCCAGCCAACAUUAACUAUGUUUCUGAAAAUACUACUUUAUUUACUUUUUCAACAGCCAACCAAAAUGGUGACUUCAAAAUUACCUCACAAGGAGGUUUUUCUAUAUCUUAUUCUAAAACUUGGAAACCGGUCAUAUUAAAUCAUCCAAAUAGUUUGGAAGCUUCAAACAAUAUACUUUUACAAGUUUUAUUCUUUACAUCUACAGAUAAAGCAUAUCUAAGUGGAUAUGAGUUGCAAUUACAAGGCAAUAAUGGUUUGGAAUUCACUUACACUUGUCCACCUUUUGCCGGAACUCAACAAUUAAGAUUGGAAAGUGGAGUUGACUUCACAAAUAUUUCAGUUUCAUUCAUAGCUCCAGUGACAACCAAAGUUGAAAUUUUAAGUGAUUAUAAAUUAGUUAUCACUGGUAAGGCUUUAGGUUUCAGUGACAACACAACCUAUCCAACUGUUCCUUUGGUAAUACCAUAUCUUUAUGGUUUAACUUUACAACCAAAUAUCAUUCCAUUUUCAUUUAAUUAUACUACUGCCGUUUACAUUCUACCAAAAAAUGCUAGAUCAGGCAACUACUACAUAUCUACAAGUGGAUUAAAUACUGACUCGGCCAUCAUUGACAUUCCUUAUCAGAUUCUAAGUAUUUCUAAACCACCUGUAGUUGGAGGAAAACUUACUAUCACAGGUAAUUACCUUUCCUUUGUAUCCUACCAAAAUCAACCUACAUAUGAUCUUUUCAUUGGUUCAACAAAGUGUGAAGAUGCCAAAUUCCUAUCGACAGACUACGAUCCAUACCAAAUUGAAUGUAGUGCCCCGAGAGGAACUGGUUACACCAAUCUAACUCUCGCAUCGACCAUUACUCAACUAAAUGAAUCCACUGAAAUGUCAUAUCAACCACCUUCUGUCUCUUCAACAACAUCAACUGUCUACCAUGUUAGUGGUUUAAUUACAGUCUUUGGUGAGAACUUUGCCAACACCAGUGUAGUUGUAACAAUUAGUAAUGGUGUAGAAACAGCAGAAUGUCAGAAUGCUACUUCCAAUAUCGAAGGAACAAUGAUUACUUGUCAAUAUGAUUCAAGUAUUGCCAGAGGAAAAGCAGAGAAUGAAACUUUGGAUGUGUUUGUCAGUGUUGAUAAGUUAGUGUUCAAUUCAAAGGUGUUCCUUUACGACCUCCAAAACUAUGACUGUGGAGGAAACAAUUGCUCAGGAAAUGGUGAUUGUAUCAACAAUGUAUGUCAAUGUUAUCAAGAUUGGACUGGCGAUUCAUGUGACCAACCACAAGUUUUACAACCCCUGAUUGUUGCACCACCACAACCAGAUCAAAUCAAUAUCACACUUUCAACAAAAGAUUCAGACCAAGAAUUCAAGAUUUCAGUACAUUCUAUUAGAGAAGUAUUGGAUACCGGUGCUGUAUCAGAUACCAUCAGCAUUCAAGAUAUCAAAUGGACACAGGUAUCUGUCAAUGGAAGCAACUCUACUGUAUACAACUAUAUUGGAAAGUUAAAACCAAGUCAAUCUAUUGUCAAUAGAAAUAUAUUGGCAACUCAAAACGAUCUUACCGUCAAAGUAAAGAUGAUGUUGUUUGAUGAAAAGAACACCUAUAACUUCAAGGGUGAUAUCUUUAAUAUUCCAGCCAAUUCGGUGAAAUAUGAAAUCUCAGUUUCUAAAUGGAAUUUUGCCAACCGUCUUAGUUCACUCCAGAUCCUCAUUUUAACACAGAAUGAGAAUAAGCUCGAUAGUUGUGAUCUGCCAAUUACCAAAGUCAAAGAGACAAUGAACACCGAAUCAGUAAUCAGAAGAAUGAAUGUUAUCCAAGAUAAAUCUACACUUUAUGCAUUUUAUUCCGAUCGUCUGUUGGUGGAUGGACAAGUUAGAUACAGUGUUGUAGAGAAUCUCAAUGGAACUGACUCAGAGAAGACUAAAGUCGAUCAAUCAAACAAAGAUGACUUUAAUGUUUUAACUGCAAUCACGAUUCCAUUUUUCGAGACAGAAGCAAUUGUAGAUCCAAAUUAUAGUGCAUUGGUUACAGUUGAACAAAACGAUAGCGAUAGAGAUACAUGUUCAUCCAAAGAAAGAAAAUGGUUAAUUCCAGUAGUUGUUGUAGUAGUCGUUGUUGGUGCUGCCGCAAUUGCACUCGGUGUAUAUAUAUUCUUAAAGAAGAAAUAUAGAUAUCAAUUUAAAAUGGCAUCAUAUAAGUUAAAGAAAUUUUCAAGUAGUAAAAAAUUUGAAUUUUAA